AUGACCCCGGUGUGGGCAGCAGCUACAGCACUCGGCAGCAAAAGGAUGACCAACAAUGUGGCGGAGUUCGUCGGGCUACACAGGGUGUUGGUUCAUGCGGCAGCCAGAGGAUGGAGAAAUUUGCACAUAGUGUGGGAUAGCGAGAUGAUACUGCGGAUGAUGAGAAGUAGGAAACCACCAAAAUUAGGCAAACUCAAGUUGCAACACUUUUUUGGCGAACUUAGCUCUACUGAUGAGCCAGUGAUGCUGAUGUGGGAUGACUUUAGCGCGCAUUGGACGCCUGAACUCGUUGCAUUUGCUGUUGAAAAGAAUGUUGUAUUGCAGUGCAUUCCCCCUGGAUAUACACAUUGUUGUCAGCCAACUGAUAUAGCGUGGAAUAAACCUCUCAAAGACGGGAUUAGAGCUUCCUAG